GUGUUAUACUCACAACACAACCAAUUACAAAUACAUUGAAUAGUUGUUCUAUAGCUUCUAAACACAAAUACAAGAAACACCUUAUAAUUCAAGAAUCCUACAAAAGAAGCAAAAGGGUGUGAGAAGAAGUGAAAAAUGGGAGCUAAGAGGUCAUCUUCUUCUUCCUUUUGCAGUGUUUUCAAAGCAUGUUUCUCAAGUGGAAACAAUAGUGAUGAAUAUUGGGAAGGUAGUGGAAGUGGAAGAAGAAUAUUUGCAAGUGAUGAAGAUAGAGGUUGUUGGGUUGCUGAGCCUGGUAUUGAUAGGAAAGCUUCUGAUUUCAUUGCUAGAUACUAUGCUACUAGAGUCACUGAUUCUCAAAGCCAAUUUGCUUCUUGAAUUCAUUUCAUUUCUUUCAUUGUUUUAAAUUUCUUGCAAUAAGUUAAGUAGCUAAUUUUCCACCCUCAUAUUUACUAUAUGACCAUUUGUACUUUGUUCCUACCUCAUUCUUCUUGAGUCUAAAAAAUUUUGUCGCCAUAUCUUUUGUUAGAUGAAGAUCUAACUGUUUAUAUUUUAAAAUCAAUUUUGUGCCGUUGAAAUAUAAAUUGUUUGAUAUUCAUCUAAUAGUCAAGAUGUGAUGACAAAAGUGACUCUAAAUUUUUUAUCGCAUAACUACCAAAUGCCAAAGUAUGUGUUUGUUUUCGCGAUAAAACACACUCAUGUUCAUAUAUUUGGAGGAAAGCAACAAUAUUUAUGAACAUGGAUUGAAGUCAAAUGUGAAUAUUUGAUGUGAAAUCAAACACACAGUAAAAUGCAAUUGGUCUAAAUUUUAAGAUAUAUUGGGAUGAUUACAAUAAAUUUUUUUUUUUAAUAUUUGUGUCAAAAUUAUUAGUAUUAUCUUAGAGUUUUUCUUUAGUUGUGUCUAGUGGAUAGUGUGUUUAUGUAAGAAUUAUUCCUUCAUUGGGUUUGUAGUGAUGUUCUUAAGGUGUGGAUCAGAUACUUGUUGUUCGAAAUAACGCGGUCAUUAAUAAUGUAAAACUCUACUCUUUACUGUUUUUAGUUUCAUCGAUUAAUUAGUAUUUA